AUGCUAGACGAUAAACAAUCGUCAAUAAUCCGUCCUAAAGCUGUACCUCCAAUGUUUACACCUGUUCUUACACCAAAUACUCAAUCAUCACCAUCGACAAUGAGUAAUAAUAAUGCAAAUCGAAUGUCUCAACAAGCUCUAAUGGAAAUAGGUACAAUGAUUCGUAAACAUGAUCCUGAAGCAACACGUUUAUAUGAUUGUAUCGGUCAAGUUAAAGUCUUUUCUUAUAAUUCAGUUGAUUUACGUUGGGAAAAUUCACCUAAUAUCGAAGGCAACUUAUGUGCAUAUGAAAGACAACAAAUAAUUAAUAAUAAAAUUUGUCCUUCAUAUGCAUUUGCAAUUAUCAAUGGAGAUAAAAGUUUUAUACAACCAAUAACUUCGGAUAUGGUACAACAUGCUGACAAAUUACGUUUAUUCUUUGAAGUUGCUCGAAAUAGUCGACGUGAAGUAUUCUGUUUACAUUUUUUAACUGAAGCGGAAUGCCUUCGGUUACAUGCAUUUCUUAAUCGAUAUAUUCAAGCUUUACGAAAUCUUGCCGAACAACAACAACAACAACAACAACAGCAGCAACAACAACAACAACAACAACAGCAGCAACAACAACAACUACAACAACAACAAGUUCGUGCAAUACCAUCUUCUGCUCCUAUUGAUUCUCAAACACAAUUAAAUGGACAAAUAGCACCGAUGAUACCUAUUCAACAAACACCACCUAAUAUCUAUCGACAACAAAUGCCGCAACAACAAAUUAUAACACCCAAUCCAACAAUUCCUACAACACCACAAUUUGGUCCUUCGCGUAUUAAUGUCAAUCAAACUCCAACUCGUUUAACUGCAUCCUCACUUCUUGCAGCUCAACAGCAGCAACAACACCAAAUACAACAACAACAGCAGCAACAGCAAACACCACAUCAAAUAAAUUCCUAUCCUCCUCAAAUGCCUAUUGAUCUUAUGAAUACAAAUCUCAUACAUUUAACUCCGACUAUUCCAUCAGCAUCGAUCGCUCCAAUAGAAAUGCCCAAACCUCUCGAACAAAUUCAAUUUCCUCCAUCACCUAUUCCAUUAACAAAUGGAAAUAAUAAUAAUUCAGAAGAUCCAACAUCCUCACUUAAACGACUUCUUAAUAUUCGCAGUCAAACUGGUUUAGAAAAUCUUUCAAUUGAUGAUGGUCCAGUUUAUCCUAAACAAACAACACCACAAAAUUUACUUGAUCUUAUGCCACCAUCUGCAUUUGAACCAAUAACAACUACACCACCAUCACCUGUUGUUGCUAUUGGUGCUGAACGUAUAAAACAUCGUUUAUCAACUCAGUUAAAUCCAAUAAUGUCUCGAGAACAUUUUCGUAAUGUUCUUCUUCAUCUUGUUCAAAAUGAUGAUCAUUUUCUUGAUAUUAUUUAUCAAGCAUGUCUUACACAUCCAUCAACAACGCAAUAA